AUGAGCGGCAGGCUUGCUUCAGAAUAUCCGUCCUGGAAGAAGCUUCAGCAGAUCUACGACAGCGAGCACGCUAAUCUUGUCCUCAAAGACCUCUUCGCUCAGGAUCCCGCCCGUUUCUCCAAAUUUUCUAAGGAAUAUGCAUCUACAUCCGGCCCAGAUGUCACUUUCCUUCUCGAUUACUCCAAGAACCUCGUCACGCAACCCAUCAUCGACACUCUCCUGACUCUGGGCCGCGAGGCCGAAGUAGAGACAUACAGGGACAAGAUGUUUGCUGGCGAGCAUAUCAACACGUCAGAGGACCGCGCUGUCCUCCACGUCGCUCUCCGCAACUUCAAUGACUUCAAAAUCCAGGAAAGUGGAGUCGAUGAGGUGUCAGCAGUUUUGGAACAUAUCAAGGUCUUCUCCGAGGCCGUUCGCAGUGGUGAAUGGAAGGGAUACACAGGAAAGACAAUCAACACCAUUGUUAACAUUGGUAUCGGGGGAUCCGACCUGGGCCCUGUCAUGGUUACCGAAGCUUUGAAGGCGUACUCCAAACGCGAUCUUACCGCCCACUUCGUAUCCAAUAUUGAUGGCACCCACAUUGCGGAGACUUUGAAGGUCUGCGAUCCUGAACGCACGUUGUUCAUCAUUGCCAGCAAGACUUUUACUACACAAGAAACCAUCACAAAUGCCGAGAGCGCCAAAGCGUGGUUCCUUGAGACCGCGAAAGAUCAAGCUCAUGUCGCUAAGCACUUCGUUGCUCUGAGCACCAAUACCAAGGCCGUCACUGCUUUCGGUAUCUCUCCUGACAACAUGUUCCAGUUCUGGGACUGGGUUGGUGGUCGUUACAGCUUGUGGAGCGCCAUCGGACUGUCAAUCGCCUUGGUCAUUGGUUACCAUAACUUUGAAUCACUUCUCAAGGGUGCACAUGGGAUGGACAAGCACUUCAAGGAGGCACCGUUGGAGAGCAACCUGCCGGUUCUGUUGGCGGUAAUAGGUAUCUGGUACAACGAUUUCUAUGGUUCGCAGACACACGCUUUGCUCCCAUAUGACCAAUAUCUUCACAAAUUCGCUGACUACUUCCAGCAGGGAGACAUGGAGUCCAAUGGCAAGUUCGUCACAAAAGGCGGUCAACGCGUCAAUUAUCAGACAGGACCUAUCAUUUGGGGUGCAGCGGGCACCAACGGACAACACUCCUUCUAUCAACUUGUCCACCAAGGCACGAAGCUGAUUCCCGCUGACUUCAUUGCCCCCGCUACUUCCCAAAACCCGAUUCACCAGUCAAAGCACCAUCGUAUCCUCUUGUCGAACUUCUUUGCUCAACCUGAAGCUCUCGCUUUUGGUAAGACCGAGGCGCAGGUGAAGAAAGAAUUAGAUCCAGGGGCAAGCGAAGCUUUGAUUAAGAGCAAGGUGUUUGAGGGAAAUAGGCCCAGUAAUAGUAUCAUGUUCCCGUUGUUGACGCCGGCCACCCUUGGCGCCCUGAUUGCUCUGUAUGAGCACAAGAUCUUUGUGCAGGGUGUCAUCUGGGGUAUCAACUCUUUUGAUCAAAUGGGUGUCGAACUUGGCAAAGUCCUUGCAAAGAACAUCCUUGCCCAGCUCGGCAAACCUGACGACGUUAAGGGCCACGACAGCUCGACCACCGGCCUCAUUCAUUACUAUCAGAAGUACAGGAAGGAAUAAACUGACAAAUGAGUCAAAGGGAACCGAAAGCAUUUCUGAAUUCAUGAAUUGUAAUAACAAAGAAGUGUGUACUAACAUAAUAGACAUUUUAUCCGAUAGAACUCCAAUGCCCGACAUCGUAUGCG